AUGGCGGACGACCUGGACCGGCUACUGGAUGAAGUGGAGAGGCGGCUCUCCCGCCUGCCGGGACAGGGGGCGACAGGUGGCCGCCGGCACGGCGACGGCGAGGAGGAGGGCGCGAAGAAGGGCAGAUCAGCUAAACUGUUAAUGAGUGCUGGCAGCAGUGAAGAAGAUCUAGAUGACAUUAUUGAUGAAAUCUGUAAUGACAGCAGCCUUAUCAAAACACCUCUGAAAUUGAAGUCUAACUCUGCAAGUCUCACAGCUGAAAACUCUGGUGCUGUUGUACAGGCUCCUAGGAAAAGAUGCUGUCCAGUGUACCUGGGUGGAAGUGCUUCACCAUCUGGCAUAGGAACAAACAUUUCAAAAAGAACGUGUGACCAGCUACGUUGUACUGCUUGUGACUUCCGUGUGUCGCUUUUCAAUGACUACAUCUGGGAUCAGUCCUGUGAUUAUCUUUUCUUCAGGAACAACAUGCCUGAGCUCAGUAAACUGAGAGCCAAGAUGAUAAAGAAGAAAGGAGCAAGAGCUUAUGCUUGUCAGUGCAGCUGGAGAUCCAUUGAUGAACUGACUGACCUCCAAACAGAGCAGCAGCUUCGGUGGGUUUGUGGGAAACAUGCAGAAUGA